AUGGGGUGCAGGUGCUGCAAAAUGAUACAAAGCUAUAUUUUUGAUUCAGAGGAAGUACAAUCACCUGGAUGCAUUCAUGAAGUAAACAGCUAUAAAUACAAUGAGCAAGGCAGCAAUACAUCCAAAUUCAAAGAGAACAAUGAAACUCAACAACAUAGAAACAAACUCCAAAAGGAUGAACUAAACAGAGCAGAAAAUACAAAUCGGGUAAAUAACACAAAAGAAACUCUCUGGAACCAAGAGGGCAACGAUUUUCAAGAGGAUGGCCUUGUAAAGUGUGCUGCAAAGCCUGAUGUUGCAGUCAAUGGCGGCAACUCCUGCGCUGGAGCGCACCCCGUGCUCAGUCCCAACGCAAACGCGGUGCCAGACGCCAGCGAACAGGGAACCUCCAGCCAGCCAGAGGCUUCUUCAGCCAGCAACAGAGACCUUUACACCAAACCAAACAGGCCUGGCCCAGAGCUUGACCUAGCGGCAGGCAGGCAGAGGAAAGAAGCCAGCAAUGAGCCAAACAGUAUUCAAGAUAAGAACUCUGGGUCUGCAGAAGGCAGCACUUUUUUCAACGGAAGUAUCACACUGGAGACACAAAAUAAUGCCAUACAACUGCCAGAUACUGAUUAUCCACAAAAUGGGAAUCAAACCAGGAACUAUGUUAAAAAGGAAAGCUCUUCAGUCAGCUGUGCACAUUCAGGACAAAACCAUGGCCUUUCAGCAAUACCAGGGCAGGACCUUCGUGUAACGCUCCCGUCGCCUGUGGAGGAGAACAGUAUUCAGUCUUUUAAAACUGCCUCCACAAGUCCCAGUGAGGGCAUGACUGGUGGUGACACUGCCGUGGCUGUUACCAAAGUAGCACAGGCACCCCCACACCCUAACCAUCGAGACACCAAUGGAGAAACCGAGGAGGAAGAUGCAGAAGUUGCAGCGGCUCUGGCUGCACUAGAAGCUGCAACUGCAGGGGAAGAUGUGGAAGAUGAUGAUGAGUACUAG